AUCUCAGAGCCAGAGGGAGCAGCCCACUUUCUUGACAGUGCACUACAGGACCUACUGCUGAUGCUCUUGUGGAAUGACCUAAAAGAAUAUGAAGGCCUUGGAAAAGAAGAAAGAAUACCCCAAGACCAACGAUGGGGAGAGUGGUGUAUCUCAGACAAACAAUCUGGUUUACAUAAGGACCAACUUGAAAAAAAUAAUUAAGAAGUUGGUUCUACUCAGAAUAUUCAAGAGUCAGAAUCGCAGAAUCAAGUGUCUCUGUGACUUAGCCCACAAAUACCAGAAAAUGCUAGCAUUAAUGGGGCCUUUGAACAUCUCAGCUUCCCCUGCAGGGAUGAAUGCCAUCUCUGAAGAUCCUCCAAAGCCUGUAGCAGAUGUGGUUGCUGAGCCUAUUGUGGAUGUUGCUGAGUCUGUCAUAGACAUUGAGAAGGUCACUAUUGACAAGGAGACUGAGGCUACACCUUUGGCUGAGACAUCCCUGGAGGCUUCAUCUUCAGAACUACAUGAAGCACUCACCUUGAAAGGCCUGCCUCAGCGGCUUCAUAUGCCUGCACCCAGGAUGCUUUGUAGACCAUCAGCUUUGAGAUGGGUCAAACCCUGCUGUACUAGAUCUUGCUAUGAAAAUCUGGAGCAUGUCGUCACCAUCCGUUAUUCAAAAUGUCCCAAACUGCUUCCUAAACUGGACUGACUGGACUGAUGCUCAUUUCAGAUGUUCUGGAGAUAUCAAGAGAAUCUUGAAGACUUGAAUCUAUUGAGUGUCCUAUUGACUCAUAUUCCUGUAAUAAAGGGGGUAUUGAGCUUCCUUCAGAU